AUGGACAUCAAUUCACUCCUCUCUCCCUCGGAGACUCCUCGCAGACAUUCUCUCACUCCUUCAACGAGCACACCGAAUCCAGCACCAGUGCAGCCGCAGCCUCAGUCGCAGUCGCAUGCCCAGUCGCCCUUCCGGCAUGUCCAACGAUCACAUUCUGGUGCGUCAGCGAUAGUGAACUCACCUCUUGGUCGCUCCGUCCAUCCUGCCUCUAGUGUCCCUGCACAUAUGAGAAGUCCGUCUCAACAGUCUCCCCAUCCGUCACCGCUCAUCAGUCCCGUCCCGGCUGGCACCCUCUCCGCCCACCUACCUCGCACUUCUUCCGCUACUUCGAUCGAGGCCUUGGCAGAGUUUGCUUCGUCGAAGGUCACGCCUCCACUCCUGACUAGCCGUGAAUCGACGGACAGUCAGAAAUCUUCGUCUGGUCUCUUCCCCCAUCUGACCUCGGCCGGCGCGACAUUGAAUCCGCGUGCGUCUAUCGAUAUAAACAUGGUCGACACGCCGAAGCAGACGGUGAGGGCCGAUUAUUCAGAUACUUCGCUUCCCGUAGAGAAGCAGCAGAGACUUGCUGUUUUGGCAGCCUACAUUCAAGAAUCACCCUCUUCGUACGAAGCCCACAAGGAAAUCAUCGGUAUCUUGCACCAAGGCUUUAUCGACCACAUUUAUCCCCCUAAAGACCAGAACACCCGGCGCGAUCCCCACACAUACGAUCUGCUCCCCGACCUUCGCCAAGCGCGAGAGAACCUGGACAAGCUCUUUGCGGUCGGAGAGGAACAAUGGCUUACCUGGCUUCAAGAUGAGAGCAUCCUUGCACAGACGGCCGACGAGAGAGUCGCUGUGGUAGAUAACUGCCGGCGUGCAGUGACAGAAGAAUAUGGCAGCACGCAGCUAUGGACAACCUACGGAGACUGGCUGCUACAUUGUCACAAAUGGGCCCUAGACCCGAUGGGCGAUGCACAAAGCGAUAUCGAUCCUGAACGCCUGGUCGGCCGUGAAGUAUUCGACUGGAAUCUUGUGCUGGACACGUGGACCGAAGCUGUCGAGCGUACAAGUCAUGACAUGAGCCGCAGUCAUGAAGUUUGGGACAAGUACAUGACCGUUCGAUUUGGCGAUCUCAACCAGAAGCUGAAACCAGGCGACGUGACGACAGCUCUCGAGCUCUUCGAAGCGCGGCUCCGCGUCCCACACGCGGAGUGGCCGCAAACGUUCCAGGCUUUUUCCAGCUUUGUGUCAGCUAACGUACCUCCGAAUCAGUACGAAGAUAUCAUGGCUUCGAACCUCAGAGAGGCGGCCAAUGCCAAGAAGAUAUGGGCGGGCAGAGAUGCCUUUGAGACGCUACUAUCACAGGCCCAAGCCUCAAAAGACACAACCGCGGAAUACCAAGCGUUCGCGAAAUACAUCGAGUGGGAACGUGAGCAAGAGGACAGGCCUCAGAAUCACAGGAAAAGCAAGAACAGACGUCCACAAGAAGUCCGGAAUGUCCACUUCGACAUGGUCGACGCUUUGUACCAACGUGCUGAGUUGCGCUUCCCUUCCGUCCUCGCCAUAUGGGAAGAGCACGUCGACUAUCUGGUAGAAAAGUCGAAGCUAGGUCUACUAGAGACGCUGGCUCGAGCUACCAAGCAUUGUCCCUGGUCUGGGGCACUCUGGAAACAGUAUCUUCUGGCCUCAGAGCUCGCCGAGGAGCCAUUUGACGAAACCGAGAAAAUCAAGCACAAGGCGACAAGUACGGGACUUUUGGAUGCAGCCGGCAUCGAGGAAGCUCUUCUGGUUUAUGAUGCUUGGUGUGGCUACCUCCUACGACGAUCGAAAAGACCGGACGCUACCGAAGAGGACUCGGAUGUCGCCGAGAUGGGAAUCAGGUCGUCGAUCGAAGCUGCACACAACUGUGCUUUCAAUCUAGGAGUCACUGGUGCCUUUGACCCGUCAUUUCGGCUACAGCGGAAGUAUGUCGAGUACCUCAAAUCUCAGGGAAGGCUGGACAAUGCCGGGGCUCAAUUCAACGAUGCUGUGGCUGACUAUGGCAAAUACUACAAAUUCUGGCUCAGAUAUUACGAAUUCGAACUGCAGAAAUCCAUGCAAAUGGCCCUGCUACAACGAGCUGGUCCUGAUCGACUGGGUACUUUCUCUUCCGCACCCUUCGCGGCGGGCGUCCUCAAGCAAGCUCUUCAGCAUCCAGAGUUGGACUAUCCAGAGCCGAUCAUGGAAGCGCUCUUGAACCAUUGCGAGGACUAUGAGGAUGCAGAAGAAUUGCAAAGCGCCAUCUGGCUGGUCCGAAAGGUACGGAAAGAGCUCACCGCCAAACGACAGCAAGAGGCACUGCGAGCGGCAGAAGUUGCUGUGCAGAAACAGCAAGCUGAACAGGAAGUUGCGACCAGGACGGAGGAGGUUGCCAACGGUCUUCAUAUUGGCAAGCGCAAACGUGACGAGGAAAUUGCGGAGCAGGAGGUUGCGAAACGCCAACGUAAUGAAGAAGUUGCAGCACAGUCAGUCGAGGAGAAUGCGGCUGCGGUGGACGAAGUGAAACGGGAUCGCGAACAUGCCAGUGUCUUGGUCCGGAACUUACCGCCAAAUGUCACUGAGAUGAAAAUCAGACAGUUCUUCAGCAGUUGUGGGAUUGUGAAGCAGGUCACGCUUUUGCAUGAUGAAGACAACAGCGCCAUUGUGGAGUUUGAGGAGGCCGACGCUGCCAACUUUGCCCUCUCACGAGAUGGGCGCGAGUUCGAAGGAGUUCAGCUCUCUGUCGUUCUCAGCAUUGGAUCAACACUGUUUGUCACCAACUACCCCGCCGCUGCCGAUGAAGCGUAUAUCCGCAACCUAUUCCAUCCCUACGGCGAAAUUGUCAGUGUGCGUUUCCCUUCGCUCCAGCGCAACAAGAAACGGAGGUUUUGUUAUGUUGAGUUCAAGCAUCCUAGCGAUGCGCAGACGGCCACCGCACUCGAUGGCAAGGACAUUGACGGCCUCUCGCUCGUCGCGAAGAUCUCCAAACCCAACGAAAAGCGGGCAAGGCAAGAACCCACGAAUGACAACCGUCAGAUCUUCGUUGGGCAGAUUAAUUUCAAAGCCGUGCGCGAGGAAGUGGAGGACGUGUUUUCCAGGUUUGGGACGAUCGAAUACGUCAAAUUUCCACUUGACCAGUCUCAGAAGUCUCGUAAUCGCGGCAUUGCUUUCUUGACAUUCGCAACUCGAGAACAGGCACAGGCUGCCCUGGCCAUGGAUGGUGAAGAAUUCAAGAACAGGAAGCUUACCGUCAGUCUCACCUCCGAGCACGACAAACGGCCAGACAGGAGCUUGAAUGGCCGCUCGAAGUCCGUGUCCAUCGCCCCAGAUGAUGAGGUUAUCACACCAGCCGGGAAGGAGAGCUUGAGUCUGGAGGAUCGUGAAAAGCGCAAAGAGACGACAGUGGUCCUUUGCGACGUACCCGACACUGUCAAUGCGAGCCUGCUUCGCAGUGCCGGAGAGAAGUAUGGAAGGGUCAGCAAAAUUGUGCUCAAGACCAAUCACCAAGGCGCCAUUCUCGAGUACGAAAGAGCUGAGGACGCAGGUCGUGCGAUGAUUGGAUUACAGAACUAUGAGAUAUCUCCUGGCCGGCGAGUUCGCGUUGCAACUAUGAAGGAAAUGUUGCAGCAGAAGCCAGAGCGGAAGACCGACCAAUUUAAUAAACGAUCAGCCCCGAGUGUUCCUUCGGCGGCGAGUGGGCCCGUUAGACGUCCUGCUCAACCUGGAGUUCGGAAGGGAGGGCAUCUGGGGAUGAGGUCGGCGGUAUUGCUGGGCUCGGGCUCGCGUGACAAGGAUGACGCGAAGGUGGACGGCGAGGGAGGCACGAAGAGGUCAAACGACGACUUCCGGAGUAUGAUCAGCAGCAAGUGA